CGAAGAAGUCUCCCUCCCGUUUGAGAACCCUCUCCAGCAUCUCAAAGAUCCAAUUUUUGAAACCCUAGUGAUUCGAUCUUUUAGUCCGGGAAGAGGAAGGGAUGGAAGCCCUAGUGAUUCGAUUCCUUUUCUCGCUGUUGACUUCCGCCGCGAUGGCGAUCAGAGCGCUGAGGCGCAAGUCUGUGGAUUUGUCGGGAGUUCUUGCUGGGAUUCCAGUGAUGAUCGUUCAUAUGAUGGCUGGUUAUCGGUUUGCGGCUCUUUUGCUUGUUUUCUUUUUUACUUCGUCGAAGCUCACCAAGGUUGGAGAGGAGAAGAAGCGACGCAUUGAUGCAGAGUUCAAGGAGGGAGGACAAAGAAAUUGGAUACAAGUUCUGGCUAAUAGUGCAAUUGCGACCAUUUUGGUGAUUGCAGCUGCAACAAUGACUAAAGGAGAAGAUCGAUGCUUGGAUACAAAAGAUUCAAGACUUGUAACCUGUCUUAUUGGUGGACUUAUCGGACACUAUGCUUGCAGCAAUGGAGACACUUGGUCAUCGGAAAUUGGAUUGCUUAGCAGUGCGCAACCUCGAUUAAUCACAACCUUCAAGACUGUGAAAAAGGGAACAAAUGGUGCAAUAUCCCCGGAAGGAUUAAUGGCUGCUGCAGCAGGUGGCUUUGUCAUUGGCAUGACAUUUGUUCUUGUUGGACUGCUUACAGCUGAUUGUACCGGUAAUGUUGCUAUGAAACAGCUACUGGUUCUACCUAUUGCUUCAGUGGCCGGACUAUGUGGAAGUUUGAUCGAUUCUUUAUUUGGUGCGACACUCCAGUUCAGUGGAUAUUGCACCGUGAGGAACAAGGUGGUUAGCAGUGAAGGGCCUACGGUAGUCAAGAUAUCAGGAUCGAGCAUUCUGAACAAUAAUCAAGUGAAUGCUUGCUCAAUUUUACUGACCACAUUGCUCACUUCAAUAGCUUGUGUCUCCAUUUUUUAGCCACAAAGAUGUCAAAUUAUUUGUUCAAUUUUUACAGUAUGAAUGCUAACAGGCAGCAUAGAUCCACAAAAUGUACAAGCAGAGUAACUUUAUUUGCUAUUAUUAUAAAUUUUAUAGAUACAAACAAAUGAGAAACCAUUUGAUUCAAUGAAGCAUCCAGCUU